CGCCUCGGAUUGGUCGGGCGUCGGAGGCGUCGGCGCGGCUGGGCCCCGGCGGCGAGCUGCGUGGGAUGCCCUCGGCUGCGGGACCCGAGGCGGAGCUGAGGAGAAGUUGGCCGGGGGGCCGAGAGGUCAUGGCGAUGCACCCUGUGCUGAAAGCCUUUGUUUGUGGCUCCAUCAGUGGGACCUGCUCUACCCUGCUAUUCCAGCCUCUAGACCUGCUUAAAACCCGCCUGCAGACCCUACAGCCAUCUGUCAAUGGAUCAGGCCGUGUUGGCAUGGUAACUCUGUUCUUUAAGGUGGUUCGCACAGAAAGUAUACUGGGGCUGUGGAAGGGUGUUUCUCCGUCCUUUGCAAGAUGCAUCCCAGGAGUAGGGAUUUACUUCAGCACCUUAUAUAUGAUAAAGCAGCAUUUUCUGCUGGAUCGUUCUCCUACAGCCCUGGAGUCUGUUUUGCUGGGUGGAACCUCGCGUACUGUAGCUGUGGUUUGCAUGUUGCCUAUCACUGUAGUGAAAACACGGUAUGAGUGUGGAAGGUACGGCUAUGAAAGCAUUUAUGGAGCCCUGAGGAGCAUCUAUCGGUCAGAAAGUGUCCAGGGCUUGUUUAGCGGUCUGACUGCAACACUCCUGCGUGAUGCACCCUUUUCUGGCAUUUACUUGAUGUUCUACACACAAACCAAAAAGAUAGCACCGUAUGACCAAGUGGACCCAGCACUCUCACCUUUAGUGAACUUUGGCUGCGGGACUGUUGCAGGGAUUCUGGCAUCGCUGGCAACUCAGCCUGCUGACGUCAUCAAAACCCACGUGCAGGUGUCAUCCGACAAACACCUCCGGAUGCGCCAAGCCAUUGCCUUAAUCUUCAGGGAUUACGGAUUAAUAGGCUUUUCCGAGGUGCCGUCCCAAGAGCUUUGCGACGAACACUGAUGGCGGCCAUGGCGUGGACUGUCUAUGAACAGAUGAUGUCUAAAAUGGGUUUAAAAUCCUGAGUGAGUUCUGCCGGAGAACAAAGCGGCCUAAUCCAGUUCUUCCACUCGCUGCAGUUGCUUUGUGAAACUGGUGAUCUGAUCCAUAUGGGAGGUGACUUGCACCCGUUUAUGGGGUAACACUGCCCAAGCCUGUGGACCAGGCCUUUAUAAGUGAGACAGAGGGGAGCCAAAUAUUGCUUUGGUCAUGACGGGAAGAGCAUUCCAGGGAGACUUUGCCAUACCUGACAUACGAGUGCACUUCUUGGUGUCAGGUGCAUGUGUCAGACGUGCUGCUAAGGCCCACCUUACUCAGAAGAACCCUUUUCCAGAACUCCUCUUCGGCCUGAGCCACUUCCAAAGAGAACACAGGAAAGACUCUCAAGAAAGCGGUGUUGGGGUGGCUGAACCUAGCACCCCAAACCGGUGACUCCUAAAUUGUGUGCUGACUCUCCUGCCUGCUCUCCUCUUGAGUAAUGCGUUCUGCUUGUACGCCCAAGAAAAACAGGGUAAAGAGGAGAGGCGACAGGAAGUGUGUCUGUUUCAGAGCUUGUCUGGCGCAGUCGGUAAGAAAGAACAAACAGUGCCAUUGCCGGAAAGCAACAGUGGGACGCAGAAUUUUAGCAUUCCUUAUAAUAAGGGCAGGGAGCCUGUAGCCUUCCAUCUGUUUGUUGGACUACAAAUCCCAUCAUCCCUAUUACCAGAAAAACAAACCUGAUUAUUUAUUACCAGUGUUGGCUGAGGCUGAUGGGAGUUGAUAGUACUAAUGGAAGGAUACAGGUUCCCCAUCCCUGCCUUGUAGGAUUGCUUUAGUGUGCCAAACCCUGUAGUCAGUGAGUUUAAAUGGUUGCCAUUAAGCACUCCUGUGUCUCUUCAGUCUUCCUCUGUGUGCACGAAACAGUGGAAGAACUUAAGGCACAACUCAGGAGUCAAAUGCUGGGACAAAUCCCUAUUAAGCUAUCUGUUUAAAUGUUGCUGUUAGUCCAGCUGCCUUCAGCAAGGGGGAUUGUCCUAUCUUGCUGUUAUUUAGCUUUCUCCUAGCUGAGUAUUGCCUGACUUUCCCCCUUCUUUGCACUCCUUGCUCCAGCGAUCUGCAUCGGAGGCCAUGCUGCAGUUGUCUUUUGUGUGAAUAAAUUAGAGUGGGUGAAAAGCAAACUGGGGACAAAAUGGAGUUUAAAAACUUUGUGUUGUCAUAUGUCUGUACUUUCCAUGUUCAUAAAAAACCUGGUCCGAAGAUCUGUGGCCUUGGAAGCAUGUUGAAAGGACUUGGUGAUCUCUUUGGCCUAUGAAAGGACUGUGUUUGACUUUGGAGUGCUUGGAGAAACUUGUUUUGGCCAUUUAUUUUAUUAUUGGAAGCACUGAAUUUUUAAAUUGCUGAUUAAAAAGAAAAAGGAAAAAAGCUUGCAAGCAUAAUUUUCUUUCCCACUUAGAUUCUUCUAGUUCAGUUUUGGUGGUUCCAAUACUUCAACAGUUAAAAGCUUGGCAGUUAUAAUGCCCUAAACAAAUUAAUAGUAAACCUGUGAAUCACCUGCAAGGCUGAAUAAUUUUAAUUGGGCUUAAGGCUGACUUUCAAAGGCUCAUCUGGCCUUCAGCAAUGUGCAUGUAUAAGUCAAAGCUCUAGCAGUCAGAAAAUAUAUGUACCAGAUGUGAAAAAUCAAGUGAGUUUUCACAACUAAAUAUCUCAUCAAGGGCUUGACGGACUUGAGUUCCAAAAAUUUUAUUCUUUUCAACAAUUUAUAUAUUGUUUAAAUACAAUAAUCUGCAUGUGGUAUACAACAGUACAAAAAAGGUAUAAAUCUGUUAAAACUAUAAAAAUAAAACUACAGUAUAAAAUUAAACUAUAACAAUCAAACUUACGUUAAAAUUCCUUCUGGAGUUUUUAAAAAAUGUCUCCAAUAGGCAGUGGAGAUUCAGCCGGGUCCAGGGUGCCUGUCUGAGCUCAACUGGAAGGGAGUUCUAGAAGUUUGGGCCUACAAUACUAAAUUCACGGCUUCCUAGAUAUGAGCCAUGCCUCUGAUGACAAGAUCCAAUUAAUCUGGAGUUUAUUAUAUUGGUUGCAGGGAAAGAAGCGCUCUUGUGUUCUAUACGUGCACAGUCUUAAGAAGGAAGGGGAGAAUGCAAAACUCAGAAAAUCCUAAAAUGGAAGCCACAUCCAUAGAAAUAGCAUCAAAGCCCACAUAUCAGCUUAUUUAUUUGUUUUCAUGAAAUUCAUACACCGCUUGCUU